AUGUCUUCUUUGAAUGAUGAAGUACCCACUGAGACUUCGGAAGACUUCGGUUUCAAGUUUUUGGGUCAAAAACGAAUUCUACCUUCAUUCAACGAAAAAUUGCCAUUUGCAUCUCUUCAAAACCUCGAUAUCUCAAACAGAAAAUCUUUAUUCGUUGCUGCCUCUGGUAGCAAAGCGGUGGUCGGUGAACUUCAAUUGUUAAGAGAACAUAUCACCUCCGACUCUUCCCCGUUAACGUUUAAGUGGGAGAAAGAAAUCUCAGAUGUAAUAUUUGUAUGUUUUCAUGGCGAUCAGGUUUUGGUUUCAACCAAAGAUGCAUUACAUUCAUUAAAUCUGGAGGAAUUUAGUGAAUUUCAAACAGUAAUUUCUUUUGAAAGUCCAGUUUUCCAAUUGAAGAACGUUAAUAACACUUUAAUAAUUUUAAAUUCGAAUAACGAUUUAACGGCACUGGAUUUAAGAACAAAAUUAACUAAGCAGCUGGCGCAAAAUGUUGCCUCUUUUGAUGUCGCAAAUUCACAAUUGAUCGUUCUACUAAAGGAUAGAAGUUUUCAAAGUUUCACUUGGCGAAAUGACACCCUGGACAAACAAUUUGAAUUCUCUUUACCAUCGGAAUUGGAAGAGGUUUCAGUAGAAGAAUAUUCUCCUUUGAGUAUUACUAUCCUAUCUUCGCAGAUUUUUUUGGUAGUGUUCGGUAACACCGUUUCAGAAACCAGUGACGAACCUUCGUACGAUCAAAAAAUGUACAUUAUAAAGUACGUGGAUGGCAACGCCUCAUUUCAAGAAACUUUUGAUAUUAUACCUCCAUUUGGGCAAAUAGUAAGAUUUCCAUAUGUGUACAAAGUUACCUUAUCAGGUUUGAUUAAACCUGGUGUGAAUGUAAAUGUGCUAGCAUCAUCAUGUUCAAGUGAGGUAAGCAUAUGGGAUUCAGAACAAGUUAUUGAACCUUCUCAGGAUGCUGAACGAGCAGUAUUACCUAUCAGCGAGGAGACAGAUAGGGACACAAAUCCAGUAGGUGUGGCAGUUGAUGUUGUCACUUCAGGCACUAUUAUAGAACCUUGUUCUGGUGUUGAUACGAUAGAACGAUUACCGCUGAUUUACAUAUUGAAUAACGAAGGUAGUUUACAGAUAGUGGGAUUGUUUCAUGUGGCAGCAAUUAAAAGCGGUCACUAUAGCAUAAACGUGGACUCUCUAGAAAAUGACAAGUCUUCCUCUCCUACAUCAAAAAAUAUUGCUGUUGCUGGGCAGGAGCAGAAAGAAAAAAAGAAGGAGCAAGAAAGAGAGGAAAAAGAAGAAAAUAAUGAAAUAAGCAAGUCUUCAUCGGCUAAUCCUUUUAUAUCAGCAAAUACAUCGGGCUUCACCUUUCUCAAAAAACAACCAGCGACUAUUAAUAGUUUGCAAUCUCAAAGUUCUUCAACCUUUGGUGCUCCCUCAUUUGGAUCAUCCGCAUUUUCAUUUGAUUUGUCAUCGGCUCCAUCUGCCAAUUCCGGUGUAGUGUCCACUGAACAAAGCACCGCAGGUUCUACUUUUGCCAAGCCAGCAUUCGGUAAACCUGCGUUCGGAGGGGUUGCCGAAGAAUCAUCUACAUCCAGUUCAGCCUUUGGUAAGCCUUCUUUCGGUACACCUUCCUUUGGUUCUGGAAAUGCGUCUGCUGAACCAUCAGCCUCUGGUUCAGCCUUUGGUAAGCCUUCUUUCGGUACACCUUCCUUUGGUUCUGGAAAUGCGUCUGCUGAACCAUCUACCUCUGGUUCAGCCUUUGGUAAGCCGUCUUUCGGUACAUCUUCCUUUGGUUCUGGAAAUGCGUCUGCUGAACCAUCUACCUCUGGUUCAGCCUUUGGUAAGCCUUCUUUCGGUACACCUUCCUUUGGUUCUGGAAAUGCGUCUGCUGAACCAUCUACCUCUGGUUCAGCCUUUGGUAAGCCGUCUUUCGGUACAUCUUCCUUUGGUUCUGGAAAUGCGUCUGCUGAACCAUCUACCUCCGGUUCUGCCUUUGGUAAGCCUUCAUUUGGUACGUCUGCAUUCGGAACUACUUCAAAUGACGCAACUAACCCUGGAUCUGUAUUUGGAAAGGCUGCAUUUGGUUCAUCAUCUUUUGCACCUGCCACCAACGGACCCUUCGGAUCAAGUUCUACGACUUCAAAACCAGAAUUUGGCAGUCCAGAGCAGAUGGAUUCAAUUUCGCCGUUCCCAUCAUCUGACAAUCAGAGUGAAGAUGAGUCUAAGAGUGAUGCAGAGUCUUCUUCGACACCUUUUGGUGCGAACUCUAACACUUCUAAUAAAUCAAAUACCAAUGCCUUUGAUUUUGGAAGCUCUUCCUUUGGAUCCAAUUUUUCAAAGGCUCUAAACUCAGUUGAUUCUGAUGCCUCGUUUAAAUUUGGUACUCACGCUUCACCUUUUUCUUCUCAAUUAGAAACUAAAUCACCCUUUAGCUCUCUUACAAAAGAUAAUACUGGGAACGGAUCUUUGGAUAAAGACUCCACCAACGAAAUCAACGAUGAUGACGAACACGAAAGUAAUAGUCCAAGCGUAAGCAAUAAUGAUUUGUCAGAUUCUACGGUUGAACAAACACCUUCCACUAGAUUACCAGAGGCUUCCUCGAAUGAAGAUAGUGCAAUUUUCGGGGAAGAAAGGCCAAAAUCUUCUAUUGGCAAGCUAACUGAAACUAUAAAAAAAAGCGCCAAUAUUGACAUGGCUAGUUUGAAAAAUCCUGUGUUUGGAAAUCAUGUUAAAGCAAAAUCCGAAUCGCCGUUCUCAGCAUUUGCAACAAAUAUUAAUAAACCAAGUUCUACUACACCUGCUUUUUCGUUUGGAAACUCUACAAUAAACAAGAGCAACACAUUUACGGCUGCGCAUUCUUCAGAGAGAGUAUCGUUUUCACCAACAGAAGAAACUGGCAAUAAGGAAGCUAGUGGACCAGGCCCCAUGACCUUGAAGGAUGAGGAGAACCCCUUUUUGCCAAGGAAAGAAGAAAUCAGCGGGAGAAGUCCUGAAAAGGAUCAUAACCAAGAAGCAAAAGAUGCUGUUCAUAUAUCAGGAAAUGAAAAACCUGUAAACACCCCUGAACAAGUAUGUGGUAAUACCAAGCAAGAACAAAUUCCAGCAGCACAGGACGUUUACUUUCAUGAAAGAAGCGAAACAAACUCAAAAUAUGGCCAGCAUGUUAUGGAUGAUCACGACAACAAACCCAAGGAUAUAAGCGGAACUUCUGAGAAUGAUGAAAGGACCGAUCAACGAAGGAAAGGUGUCCAAGGGGAUGGAUUGCUAUUGAAAAAAGACAACGAAAAAGAAGAUUUUGACUCAGAUAUGGCAACAAAGGAAUUUAAGGAUCAUCAAUCUGUAGAAGAGGUUGUGAGUGAAAAGGACAGUAGACAAAGCGGUGAAGCUGAAGAAUCUGAUGAUAACACGUCGCUGAAUAGUGACCAGGAUGAAAGUAUAUCUGAAUCUUACGAUAAGUUAGAAGAUAUCAAUACCGAUGAGCUGCCUCAUAGUGGAGAAACUUUUAAAGUAAAUGAUGUGGGCACUUCCGCUGAUUUUGAUGUGCAAACUUCAUUGGAAGACAAUUAUGCCGAAUCUGGUAUACAAACAGAUCUUUCGGAAAGUUCCAAAGAAAAUGAAGUUCAAACAGAUGCCAUACCUGUGAGACACCACAGUACACAAACUGUUGAAAAGGAAACGGUCGACAAUGGUCUUCAAACAGACCCUGUCGAAACAUGCAAUUUUUCCGUUCAAACCUUUGAGGGUGAUGAGAACUAUUUAGCCGAGCAGUGUAAACCAAAAAAAAUGAAAGAAUAUUACAUUGGUGCAAAAAUAUCCAGUAUUCCUUUAGUUUCACAAGAUUCUACUCUACGGUUGAUUGAAAGUACAUUCCAGACGGUCGAAGCUGAAUUUACUGUCCUGAAGGAAAAUAUCCAGAAUAUGGAUACUUUUUUUACUGAUCAAUCAAAUAUACCUUUGAUGACACGUACAGUUCAGUCUCUCAACAACUUGUACACUUGGAGGAUACCAGAGGCCGAAAUUCUAUUAAAUAUUCAAAAUAAUAUCAAGUCGGAACAAACGCAAAUAACAAAUGCUCGUAUUCAAGACCUGGAGGAAAAAGUUUUAAAUUAUGUUAAGAGAGAUGUUGCAGAGAUGACUGAAGAUAUAGUCAAUGCAAAGGAGGAAUACCUAUUUUUAAGACAUUUUAACGACUCUUCGAGUGGAUACAUUAAAGAUCUCAGCACGCAUCAAUUUAGAAUGCAAAAGGCAUUACGUCAAAAGCUAUUCAAUGUGUCUGCCAAAAUUAAUCAUACUGAAGAGUUGCUAAAUAUUUUGAAAAUGUUCUCUGUAAAAAAUAAGAGAUUGGACGAAAAUCCAUUAGUGGCGAAACUAGCCAAAGAAUCUCUUGCACGUGACGGAUUGUUGGAGGAAAUUAAGUUAUUGCGUGAGGAAGUGAGUAGGUUACAAUUGGAGGAGAAAGGAAAAGAGACUUCGACAUUGGAUACAUCUUCUUCAAUAACAAAGGACAUGAAAGGAUUUAAAAUAGUAGAAGUUGGGUUAGCUAUGAAUACGAAGAAACAAAUUGGUGACUUCUUCAAAAAUUUGAACUUGGCAAAAUAG